CCCCUUUGAAGUUUUAUAUUGUUUCAACAUUACUGGUUGUGAAAUCUGCUGAUCUACAAUGUUUUUGUCACCUGAUUCUUCAGUAUCUUCGUUUGAAACACCCGAAUCUGCCAGGCCUCCGUUACAUUGACUAUUCUGCUUCAUUAGAACCCACCCUUGAUUGGCUACCGUGAAAAGACUCUUUUGUUUUAAGAUUAUGAUUUGCUUUGACUGAAAGAUUGCAAUGUUUUCUUGUGCAUACAAAAGGAAAACAAAAAGAUGCAAGACAGGCGGGGCCAACUGUUUCCGCUUGCAACUACAAAAUCCUCGAAAGCCCAUAAAAAUCUUCAGUGACCAGCACUUCAAAGGCCUAAACCUGCGCGGAAAAGGUUAAUUCACCGCUGAAACCCUUGAAAUGGGCAUUGAAUGAAAGCAGUCGGUGUGACCUUGAGCGAACGCAUUUUUUUAAAGUUUGUUGGUGACUAAGCACGAGAUUAACACGCCAAACAACAGUUACUGUGAAGAGGACAUAGGGCUUGCUAUUUAAUUAGGUUUUGAGGAGUAAGGAAAUCCACAUGUGUAUAUAGAAUAUAAUACAAGACUGGAGCGUCCAUUCGUAUAUGCUUAUGCCCAUUAUAUGAUCAUUUGAGUGGUGGGAAGCUGCUGUUCGGCUGAGGGGUAUUUGCAAUCUGCAACUGCUGCAUCUACAAAACAGAAUGGUGAGGGGCAAGGUGCAUAUGGAAAAAGUACAGGACCCUGUAAAUCGUCGGGUUACGUUCUGCAAACGCAAGACAUGCCUGUUGAAGAAGGGUAAGGAGCUUUCUACUCUUUGCGACGCGGAAAUUGGCCUCAUCAUUUUCUCGCCGACGGGGAAACUUUACGAGUUUGCUAGCCCCAGCAUGAGGAGAAUAACGAAGAAGUAUCAAAAGUUUGGUGCUUCUAUGGGACGCCACAUACCAUUAGAUGAACAUUUAGAGAGAUUACGUUCGGAAGUGGAGAACUUGCAAAAACAGAUGGCAGAUUUAGAAAAAAUGAACAAAUAUAUGAAUGGUGAGCACUUAGAUUUACUGAAUUUUAAGGAGUUGAAAUGUCUUGAGAUGAAAAUGAAUUCGGGUGUUAGGAAGAUACGUUGGAGAAAGGGCAAAUUCAUACAAGAAUAUAUUAGAUGUCGAAAAAUAGAGGAAAAGUCGCUUGAAUUGGAAAACGCUAAUCUGCAUAAAAAGAUUGGUAGAAGUCACAAGGCAUGCAAAUUUAAUAUUGACAUCAGGGAAGAAGUCAACAAUAAAUUGGAAACAGAUGCUGCAAUUCAACAAGAUCUGACUAAAACUAACCUUAUUCUCACGUUAUUUUCAUGAUGUGGUAAGAGUUAUCAGGAAUGGAAAUGGGGACGAAAAAAAGAGUCUAUUGUGGAUCUUUUGGGCUCUAAUUUAUCUGCCCAAAAGAUAUUUGGACAAAGUUAUUUGUAUUAAAUUGAAGAACUUUAGUUUGAAACUAUGUGGAUGGCAAAAUCCAUUGAUAUGCUGCGCCAGUCAUAUAAUGGUUGAAUUAGUAUCAUACUGCCAAAUUCAAACAAUAUAUUUGUGAUUGAGAAGAGUAAAAAUUGGUUCUUUUCUCUCGGGACACUUUGUAUUCUUAGAAAUGUUAAAAAUGUACUGGAAUAAACAGUUUUAUUAUCCAUAAUCCAGUCAUCUGAGUUUGAGCUAAAAUAAUUAUAAUGUUAUUAAUAGUUCUCUGAUUUUGAUUUUUA